AUACUACGUAAAAUGACCCACAACAUAAUAUAUUAACUUGUGUUAUGUUUUCUAUCUAACUUUCAGAUGAAAACAUGUGUUAAGAGAAAAAUAUACCAGUAAGUCACCCUUAACACAAACACGAUGAGGCGAACAAGGAAGUUCCUGACAGAAACGAAAGUUGCUGGUGACUCUGGUUUCCGUCGAGCUGCUUUUCUCUCAUAACUUAACUUACACAGGAGGACUGCAGGUGUAAUUAGUCCACAGAUAAACACGCAGGGAUUGACACAUUCGGAUUCAAGUGGAAAAUGUGCUGGCAUCUAACACACAAAUGGUCAUAUAGAAAGGAAAUGGAUUUUAUUUGACGCCUCUGUUGUGACGUGAGUGACUUUUAAGACGUGUUGUGUUCAGAAACGAACCGAUCCGAUCAUGUCAUCUGCUUGUGUCAGCUCAAUGACAGUAAGUACAGCAAACCACCUUUGGUCGCUGGAUGAUGUUCUUGGUCAAGGGGCCACAGCAAGCGUCUACAAAGCACGAAACAAAAAAACUGGUGAGUUGGUUGCAGUGAAGGUCUUUAACUUGGUGAGCUACAACCGGCCUUAUGAAGUUCAGAUGAGGGAGUUUGAUGUGCUGAAGAAACUCAAUCACGUCAACAUUGUUAAACUCUUUGCUGUGGAGGAGAUGCAUAUGAACCCGAAGCAGAAGGUUCUGGUGAUGGAGUUCUGUUCAGGUGGCAGCCUGCUGAACCUGCUAGAGGGGCCUGAGAAUGCGUUUGGACUUCCAGAGUCAGAGUUCCUCAUCGUAUUACAGUGUGUGGUCCAAGGAAUGAACCACCUGCGAGAGAAUGGGGUGGUGCACAGAGACAUCAAACCUGGCAAUAUCAUGAGGCAAGUGGGUGAAGAUGGACGCUCGGUGUACAAGCUGACAGACUUUGGUGCUGCUCGUGAGUUGGAGGACGAUGAGAAGUUUGUGUCCAUAUAUGGCACAGAGGAAUAUUUGCAUCCGGACAUGUAUGAGCGUGCGGUGUUGAGGAAGCCCCAACAGAAAACUUAUGGUGUGUCUGUGGAUCUGUGGAGCAUCGGUGUCACCUUCUACCAUGCUGCCACUGGCAGUCUUCCUUUUAUACCUUAUGGAGGCCCACGCAGAAACAAGAAAAUCAUGUACAAAAUCACAACAGAGAAGCCAGAGGGAGCCAUAGCAGGUGUGCAGAAGGUUGAUGAGGGACUCAUUGAAUGGAGCUACCGACUGCCACACUGCUGCCAGCUUUCAGAGGGUUUAAAGACCCAGCUGGUCCCAGUGUUGGCCAGCAUACUAGAGGCAAAUCAGGAGAAGUGUUGGGGCUUCGUCCAGUUUUUUGCUGCCACCACUGACAUUCUGCACCGCAUCUCGGUCCACAUCUUCUCUCUCCAGCAAGCCACUGCACACACCAUCUACAUCCACUUCCAUAACACGGUCUCAAUCUUGUUUGAGGAUGUUCAGGCCCAAACUGGAAUUGAACCGGCAGCUCAACAGUACCUUUUUCUGGGUCAUUCUCUCAUAUUGGAGCCAAGCAUGAAAAUAGUGAACCUUCCCCCGACCACUCCAGACUGCCCUAUCAUUCUCAUCAGCCGACAACCAGAGAAACUAAUAGGACAUCCAUACAAAGAACCUGAGGCUCCUGCGAUGCCCACAAAGUUUGACGUCAUGGCAGAUUACACCUUCUCCAAGACCAUAGUCGGGGUCAUCCAUCAGUACCUUCGGAUAGCCCGCUCACUCCAGAAGUACAGAGAGCUGAUUCUGCAGGGGUUCUAUAGCUACAUUGAAAACACCGGUUUUGAAUGCAGUAAUGUGGCACACAGGAUAGCCAUGGUGAAUAUGAAGCUGCUUUCUUCUAUCAGCACUGAGGAGCAUCUCCAUCUAUUUGCUCAGAGGGUUGCGCAUGAGUUUACAGACUUUGUAGACCAUAAGAAAAAGCUCCCACUGAUUGAAGAGGAUUUGCAGCGGAUGUAUGGCAGUGGAAUCAGAGAGUUCCAGAAUCAACUACAGCAUUUGCGUGUGAUGCUGUCUAAACACUCCGAGACACUGGCCCAGGAUAAGAGCAUCCAGAAGAUGGAGGUUUUGUUGGGGAAGAUUGUUGCAGUACAUCAGCAGUAUUGCAAAGACAAAAUGACAGGAAAGCUCGGCUACAAUGACGAACAGAUUCACAAGUUUGAGAAGCUCAACCUGUCUUCAUACAUAAAGAAGGUCAAGAGUUUAUUUAAGGAUGACUGUUUGCAGAAAUACCAGGAUGUUCUGAUGGCUACUAGCAGCUGGAACAGGGUUCUUUAUGAGAUGCAGGCGAGUCUAGAGCAGUUUGGAGUUGUCCUCCGCCAGAGGAUGGGGGAUCUGCAUGUGUGCGAGGCCCAGCAGAACAAGGUUAUGGACAGAGCUGUGCUUCGAGCUCUCCAUCAGCCUGUAGGAGCUGAGGGGGUGGAUGGACAGAAAAAAGAUGAUGAGCACAUGAUUUUCAAAAUGAACAGAUUAAAGGUUGAGAUGGAGGCUGUGGCACGGGAGCUACAGAAUAACAACAACAUGAUAGAAAGCCUUGCAGUAGUUACCGCUACAUUGCCAUUGGAGAAAAAAGUACCUCAAGCCAACAGACCAUGAAGACCUCAAAGAAUGCACAACCAUAUUUAUAUUUACAGAGCCUGAAUCUGUGAGCUAAAGGGAAAGCAAAACAAAACAUCUAAAAAAAAAAAAAAAGUUCUUGGUUGAACCUCUCAAACAAUAAAGAA